GCCCGGCCGCGCGCGCAGCCCAGGCACGAGCCAUGGACGAGAAGUCACCCCCGCUGCUGGGCUGCAGCAAGCCGCACCUGGAGAAACUCACCCUCGGGAUCACCCGCAUCCUAGAAUCUUCCCCAGGUGUGUCAGAGAUGACCAUCAUAGAAAAGACGCCUGCCGAACGCCAUAUGAUUUCUUCAUGGGAACAAAAAAAUAACUGUAUGUUGCCCGAGGAUGUGAAGAAUUUUUACCUGAUGACCAAUGGCUUCCACAUGACCUGGAGUGUGAAGCUGGAUGACAGCACCAUUCCACUGGGCAGCAUGGCAAUUAACAGCAUCUCAAGGCUGACUCAGCUCAACCAGUCCUCCAUGUACUCACUUCCGAAUGCGCCAACGCUUGCAGACUUGGAGGAUGACACAGAGGAAGCCAGUGGGGACCAGCCCGCAAAGCCUCACUUCGACUCUCGCAGUGUGAUAUUUGAACUGGACUCUUGCAAUGGAAAUGGGAAGGUUUGCCUUGUCUACAAGAAUGGAAAACCAGGAUUAGCGCAGGACACAGAGAUCUGGUUCCUGGAUCGGGCGUUAUACUGGCAUUUUCUCACAGAUACUUUCACGGCCUAUUACCGCCUGCUCAUCACCCACCUGGGCCUGCCCCAGUGGCAGUACGCCUUCACCAGCUAUGGCAUCAGCCCCCAAGCCAAGCAAUGGUUCAACAUGUAUAAACCCAUCACCUACAACACAAACCUGCUCACAGAAGAAGCCGACUCCUUUGUGAACAAGCUGGAUCCCAGUAAAGUGUUCAAGAGCAAGAACAAAGUCUUAACCCCCAAAAAGAAAGGGCCUGUACAACCUGCAGGCAGCCAGAAAGGGCCCCCAGGCUCCUCCACUUCUAAACCCACCUCUGGCUCUGGGAACCCUGUCCGGAAAUGA